CGCCAUCGCCAUCGCCAUCGCCAUCGCCAACCCAAUCACUCAUAUCAUCGUCUCUCGCCCCACCUAUCCCUGGAAGAACCAACCACAUACGAGCACACCGCAGCAGCUCCCCUUCAAACCCAUUAUCAUCAUCAUCAUCAUCAUCCAUCAUUGUCAUCAUUGCCGUCAUGUCAUCCCGGCCUCGCCGCUCGGCCGCCCAGCGCGCCACCGCAGCAAUCACUGACAUGGCUGACAGAGACCGAGAGACCUCUGAGCCGCAGCAUUAUCAUCAGCAGCAGCAGCAGCGCACCAUGUCCUCGCGCAGCUCCCGUCGCUCCGGGGGAGGGAACGGCAUCGCCUCCGUCGCCCGAGGCGCGCCCUCGUCGUCUCCCCCGAGCAGUACCGGCGCCGGCGAUGGCGGCGUGGGGGGCCAGGGCAUUGACGAUGACCAGCACAUCCAUCUGACCCUCAAGCUCCCCUCGAACAAGCUGCGGCAGGCGACUGGCGGCAGCAGCACGAGCGCCGGCACCGGCACCAGCAACGGCAAGCGCAAGUUGCCGGGCAGCGCAACUGCGACUGGUGGUGCAAGCGGCGAUAAGGGCAGGGCAGGUGUUGCUGAUGCUGGCAGCAAGCGGGCGCGGGGGGGAAAGAAGAAUUAUGUUAUUGAUAGCAGUGAGGAAGAAGAUGAUGAGCAAGGGGAAGAGGACGAGGAGGAUGAGGCUGAAGAUGACGAGGAAGAGGAAGGCUCGGAGAUAGAAGUUGAGGUUGCCCCGCGGAACUUCGCCAAGGGCAGGGGCGAGGAGGAGGAAGAGGAGGAAGAUGGUGAUGAGCGGAUGGAGGAUCCUGGCGAAGACGACGCCGAGGGAGACGAUGACGGGGACGAGAUGGAUGUUGAUGCCGAAGGCGACGAGGACGAUGAUCAGAAUCCUGAUGCCGAUGGAGACGUCGACAUGGAUGUCACUCCCACCCCGAAACUUCCUGCCAUCAAAGUCACCAAGCCCUCCAAGAAUCCAUCGACACCCAGCAAGGUAAAGGGCGCGCACGUGACGAAGCCUACCGCCAAAGGCUCGGUUGCGGCGAAGAAGCCCUCAGCCAGCAACGAUGAUGAGGAUGGUGAGGCGGAGGAGGAUGAGGAUGAGGAGCUGAGCGAGCUCGAGAGCGAACCGGAAGACGUCACGGUCCAAGUCGCCAACGGCGAGGAAGAUGCCGAAGGCGACGAGGAAGAAGAUGUCGAUGCUGAGGGCGAAGAGGAAAUCGAGGUUGCCGAUGAAGACGCCGAAGGCGAUGAGGACGAUGGACUAGAGAGCGACGAGGAGGAGGGCACGAGUCGUGCUGACACGCCGGACCUGUCGAAGCUGACCGCUCGACAACGCGCCAAGCUGGGCGACGUCUCGCACGAGUACAUGAAGCUGUCCGAUGGUAAGAGGCCGCCCCUUACCUCGUCCCCCCUUUAUGGUAGCCGAUUGCUUACGUAUCGCUUUCCAGAGGUCCAAGCCAAGAAGCACUUUACUGCCGAAGAGCUCUCCAUGCGCCGCGCCGAAAUGGCCCGCCGAAGGCGCAACCUCAGCGAGAAGCGCAACGAGGAGGUGAAGAUGGAAACAAUCAACAAGCUCCUAAAAAAGCAAGCGCCUAAGACGAACCGCAAGACCGCCGCCCUCAUGGCUGCCGAGGAGACACCCGAGACCGACACGCAGCGCGUGGAUCCCAUGUUGAUCCGCUGGGUGAACAACAAGAACGGUAGUAUUGUCGCCGUGCCAGAUGAGCUCCUGAGUGGACCGGUUGGGAAGGUUUUUGUGACGGGCGGGACGGGGCCAAGGGGGAAAAUGGUGGAGGAGGUUUCUUGAGCUCGGUAUGCGCAGAUUAACUCCCCCACCCCUCCGGUGAAAAAAAAAAAAAAAAGGGGGGGUCUACUUCCUGCCUGCGUGUACAUAUUAUGAAUAUGCGUGGGAUGGCAUUCAAAGGUAAGGAGAGAAACGGGCUGGGACCGCCGGUUGGUAAUAAUACAUUUGGUCUCUUUCCAUGAGCAAAGGAAUCGAGAAUGCUCUCUCUUCUGGCCGCGGGUAUAUGAGGUCUUGCAAUCGUCUCGACUAGGUCUGCCAGUUGCCUGCUUGACAACACGUCAAUAUUGUCAUUCCUUACUUUUUUAUGGCAGUUUCACCAAGAGGAAAGAAUGGUUGCG